ACAAUCCUCCGUCGACCUAGCCGACCUCACGUACGACCUGCUCCAUCUUCCUUCUCCUUUUCCCGCCAAUUCGUCGUCGUUCAUUCUUUCAGCCGCCAGUCGCCGCCACCUCAAAACUUUUACUCUAAGUCGCCGUCCACAUCCGCCUCCGGACCUCUCCGUCGGACCCAACUGCAGCUCCACAUUUUUCAGAUACACCUUCGAACAUAUGUAGAUGGCACAAUUAAUUGGGUGCGAGAUCGUGGUCUUGAUCAUGCUGUUGAGAGAGAGAAGAAUCUCCUCCCAGUGAUGAACAUUAAAGAUUUUAUAAAAUCAGAGCCAUCCAAGUCUGUUCCACUUUCCAUCAUAACUCAGAAAAGGGAAAUUCUAAGAAUUCCAACGCGUCCUAUUGAUUUGAUCAGAAAAUAUCCUUCCAUUUUUGAAGAAUUUCUUCCUGGAGGCAUUGGAAUUCAACCUCAUGUCAAGCUGACCUCUAAAGUUCUUGAACUUGAUGCUGAAGAACAGCUAACAUAUCAAACUUCAACUUGUAGACAACAAGCUGCGGAUCGACUUGUGAAACUCUUAAUGUUAUCAAGAGUUCAUAAAGUACCUGUAAGUAUCAUUGAUCAAUUGAAAUGGGACUUGGGUCUUCCUAAAGAUUAUGUUGAAAGUAUAGUUCCUGAUUUUCCAGAUUACUUCAAAGUUGUAGGACAUCAAAAUUUUGCGUCUGGAUCAGGUGAUAUGCGGGUAUUGGAAUUGGUUUGUUGGAACAAUGAAUUGGCCACUUCAGUUAUAGAGAAGAUGGCUGUAAAAGUAAAGCCUGAUAAAUCUAAAGGAAUGUAUAUUACUUUUCCUAUGAAAUACUCGAACGGUUUUGAGAUGGAUAAGAAGUUCAAGAAAUGGGUGGAUGAGUGGCAAAAGCUACCUUACAUUUCUCCCUACGAAAAUGCAUCACAUCUUUCUCCUAACAGUGAUGAAUCUGACAAGUGGACUGUUGCAAUUUUACACGAGCUUCUUCAUAUGCUUGUCACGAAGAAGACUGAGAAGGAAAAUAUAUUGUGUAUAGGCGAGUAUUUUGGUCUACGGUCGAGGUUUAAGAGAGCCUUGCUUCACCAUCCUGGGAUAUUCUACAUAUCAAGUAAGGCUGGAACCUACACGGUUGUCUUGAAAGAGGGGUAUAAAAGAGGUUCUGUGGUUGAGAGUAAUCCUUUGAUGAACAUUAGAAACAAGUAUCUUCAUCUUAUGAACACAGUGGAGGAAGACAGUAAAACAACAACCAAGCAUAUUGAUACUCGCCAACAGAAGCAAGAACAGAAAGAAGAGUCAAAUCAUGCACCUGGAGAACAGAAUGAAGCUGAAUUACUCAACUCCUCAGAUGAUGAAGAUGAAGAUGAAAAUACUUCUAGUCAUCGUAAUGUUUGUGCUGAUCAGAGAGACAACAUCCGCGGUGACCGGCGAGGCAACGUCCGUUGUGACCGGAGAGGCAACGUCCGUGGUGACCGGAGGGACAACGUCCGUGGUGACCGGAGGGACAACGUGCGUGGUGACCGGAGGGACAACGUGCGUGGUGACCGGAGGGACAACGUGCGUGGUGACCGGAGGGACAACGUGCGUGGUGACCGGAGGGACAACGUGCGUGGUGACCGGAGGGACAACGUGCGUGGUGAACGGAGGGACAACGUGCGUGGUGAACGGAGGGACAACGUGCGUGGUGAACGGAGGGACAACGUCCGUGGUGAACGGAGGGACCAUGUCCGUGCUGACCGGAGAGAUCAUGUCCGUGCUCACUCUAUUUGACUUUCGCUUUUGCAUGAUCCUUUUGCUUAUGCUUAUUUUGAAACCUAUUAGACCCUUUUUGUUCAAUAGAUUUACACUUUUUGAUUUCGCUAUUGGUGGUUUAUUACUAUGGGUUUUCUUCUAUAACGGGGCAUUGGAUUUAUUUUUCUUUCUUAGUCAUCAUGACUUGUACAUAAGAGUAUCAGAUGGGUUUUGUUUGGAAAGAACAGAAUUCAGUUGAAUGCCCGAUGAAGAUGUAAAACAUCUUCCUUAACCGUUUUAUUUUCACUGUUUCUUUGUUCUAUUAACUGCAUUUUUGCAACUUAUUUUAAGGACUUGUGAAGGAAAUUGCAAUC